GAGUCAGAAACAAGGGAAGUAGGCGAUACCAGAUCCUGAGCAUCUUUGGUUCUUCCAUUCGCUAGAAAUUUUCAAUUUCUGGUUCAUUCGAGACCACCACCACCAGGCCGCGACCCGCUCGGCCACCCGAGACCCGCGACCCCCUCGCCCACCCGCGACCCUCUCUCUCUGUAAAAAAUAAUGGCCUACCGGUAUAAAGGUAGACAGGAAACAAGCACCCGGGGCAACCAGCCAAAUGAGAAAGAUCAGGCAUAUCAGGAUUCACUAGUUGAUGAUCUAGCCGAGGAAUUUCGACUGCCAAUUAAUCACAGGCCAACAGAAAAUGUCAAUCUGGAAAAUGUGGAACAAGCAUCAUUGGACACACACAUAGCAUCAUCUAACAUUGGUUUUAGGCUUCUCCAAAAGAUGGGGUGGAAAGGGAAGGGACUUGGGAAGGAUGAGCAAGGAAUCACUGAGCCAAUAAAAUCUGGGAUUAGAGAUCCAAAAUUAGGAGUUGGAAAACAAGAGGAAGAUGAUUAUUUUACAGCAGAAGAAAAUAUCCAGAGAAGAAAACUUGAUGUUGAAAUUGAAGAGACUGAGGAACAUGCAAAGAAGCGGGAGGACCAUCAACUUUCGAAGGUCCUGAGAAUUUCCUGCAGUUUUUAUUACCUGGUGGCUUCUACUGCCUGCUUCGUGCACAUUAUGAAAAUCCAGGUGUUAGCAGAACGUGAGCAGAAAAUUCAAACCGAGGUGAAAGAAAUACACAAGGUGUUCUACUGUGAUCUUUGCAACAAACAAUACAAGUUGGCUGUGGAAUUUGAAGCUCACUUGAGCUCAUAUGAUCACAAUCACAGAAAGCGUUUUAAAGAAAUGAAAGAAAUGCAUGGUUCCAGUAGUCGGGAUGAUCGCCAGAAACGAGAGCAGCAGCGUCAGGAAAAGGAAAUGGCAAAGUUUGUUCAGAUUGCGGACGCUAGGAAGCAGCAGCAGCAGCAAGAAGAAGAAUCUGGGUCUGCCCCGGGUUCCACUGAACUGACAAGUGCUACUACACUUGCAGACCAGGAUCAACGGAAGGCUUUGAAAUUUGGGUUUUCUUCUAAAGGUGGCACGUCUAAGAGCUCGUUCAGUAGUGUUGCAAAGAAGCCAAAAGUUCCUGUGGCCUCAGUGUUUGGCAAUGAUAGCGAUGAAGAAUAAGUGACAGUGCCGCUGUAACCGGCCAUCAGCUUUGUACCGUAUAAAGUUUGCAUUGCCUUUGCAGUUAUGUAGUUUAUGUGACCUACAACCGCAGUUAUAGACAUUUGUGAUUCACGAGAUGAAACAUCGUGUUUUUAUAGCCCAAUCCAAGUCAAACAUUGAUGCUUAUGAGUGGUUGGUUUGUAAAGAUUAUUUGUUGUGAUAAGUUGACUCCUGUUUAUGAAAGUA